AUGAACUCUCCUACCACAACGACUACAACCACAGAUAAGAUUGACCAAGUGUCAUCCAUGUCCAGAAUUUCAAGUCGAUACACACAAUUAAGAAAACAAUUACGAUCCUGUGCCAACUUUAAAGAGAAUUACUUUGUGAUGGAGAUGAAAGUUGGUCGUUCCAAAGUACAUUCAGCAGCAUCGUCAUCUUCUGAUGCAUCAUCUGAAAAGACAUCACGAAGAAGAAGCAAUACGACUUGUAAAAAGAGAAACAAGAAUCAACAAGAAGAAGAGAAAGCAAUAACAAACAAGGAUCAAGAGGAUCAUACAUCCACUACAACCAAGAAGAAGAAGAAACCACAACCACAAGAUGAAGAGGAACUAGUAGCACCAAAACAGAAGGGUUCUAUGGGUACUACUACUACUUUUUACUCCAAGAAGAACAGUGAAGAAAAUCCACAAGUUGUUGUUCAACAACAUUCAUCCCAACAAGAACAACUCUUAAUGGAUCAAUACCAUGAAAACUCAAACAAUGAUAUCAUUCACCAAACACUUCCUUUUGAAGAACAAGAAACAAAUUCCCUUCUCCUAUCUUCUUGUCAAGACAUACAAGAAGAAGAAGAACACGAGUCUUGCAUCGUGAUGAAUGAUCCACCAUCCAUGUUAUUGAGAGAGUAUUUUCCACUUGAAACAAUAAUGACCAUUUUGAAUGAAGAACAAAUGACAAGAUCAACAACAACUUCCAAUAAUGACCAUCUAUGGUUCUCCUCACCAACAACAUCAUGGAUUCAAUUAUUGCUUCAGAGAUUCUUCCAUCCUCAUUCCAAUCUAUCCUAA